AUGUUCCAUAAAAUAACAAAAAAACUUCGUCGAGUAGGUAACAAUAAAAUAUUCAUAAUUUUUGCUACAGUUAUUUUUCUUCUCAUCCGAUUUUACUUUACUACACACGAGUCGAUACCAAAAUUACCUGGAAGUUACAUACAAUCAUCAGAUAUCGAUUCUAAACAAUGUAAUUUAUCAUUAUUAGAAUCCGAUGGUUGGUUUUGUGAAUCUAAUUCUGACUGGAAACGUCGGAAAAGAAUUCAUCGUUUACAACAUAAACGUAAUCGUAUUUCAGAUGAUAGAUCUUUAUUUUUUCAAAAUAAUUGGGAGCCAACAAUUCACUGUCAAUUUGAACGACGUAUUGGUAAUACUGGUGAUGGAGGAAAAUGGAUUUGUGAUGUAUAUCGUUUAAGGCAAAUGAAUACUACCGAUCUAUUGAUUUAUUCAUUUGGUUCUAAUGGUGAUUUUAGUUUCGAACAAGCAGUCAAAAACAUGUUACCCAAAGCAGAAAUUCAUACAUUUGAUAUGCAGUUAUAUAAGUGUCCAGAUGGUAUUUGUACAUUUCAUCAAGCUCGUUUAGGAAAUGGAAAAGAUGAUGAUUCGAAAUCUUUACAAAUGAUUAUGAAAGAACUUGGUCAUGAAAAUAGACAUAUUCAAAUACUUAAAGUUGAUAUUGAAGGCAGUGAAUAUGAUUUAUUUGAAAGCUUAUUGAAUCUUUCACCAAGUAAUCAAGCUAAACUUCCUUAUAUUCGUCAGAUUUUAUUUGAAAUUCAUCUUCACUCCGAUUACAUCGAUAAAUCAAUUGAACGUACACAUGAAUUAUUUGAGUUAUUUCGUGCAAAUAAUUAUGUAAUAUUUCAUAAAGAAGUAAAUUUAGAUGAUCCUCGAAAUGUUUUUGAAUUCGCCCUUAUACGAUUAAACGCAGCAUUUUUUACUUCACAAUUAUAA